AUGAUCGCGUCUCGUUGUCCACUUGCUGGUUCCUGUUGGAGCUUCACCAAGGCGUUGGCAAUGUUAGAGGUGCUCGGCACACAGCCGGGCCAGUGGGCUCGGAACUUGUUCUUCCAGGGUGUGGUUGAGGACAGCAUGGCUGAGAGUCUCCGGGAUCGUGUGAAGGGAGGUGAUGACGAGCAGAACGCCGGGCAAACUGACCCGCAAAUUCUUGGGUGGUUUGAAAGACAGAUUAUGUCCGCUCAAAGCAUAUGCUGUGGAGCCCCAGUGACGCGCGGAAUUGUGGAGGAACGGGAACAAAUGAGUAUGCCGAACUUUUCGGCGGUUGGCGAAUGGCUUCUUCCUCGGGUGUUGUCGGGUUCUAACAACUCGGAACAAACUAGUGCAGUGGUUACCCGUUUGAGAGAAGCCUUCAACAUAAGUCUUUUGCCUCUGCCUUGGUUUGCCCGUCAACUUCCGUGCUCUGAUAUGUGGGCUAACACGUUUCCAGACGGUUUCAGUCUGAGGACCCCCUUGGCCGUGGCCCAUUGGGCCUACCAUUUGAAUACGAGUAUAUCGCCACAAGAGAAACUGCGGUCUCUCGCCGUAUUGGCCCGUUGGACUCCGGGCCCCGCGUUUACCCAGGCAUUUGUGCUCCUGAUGAAACAAUCGCCGAUGCUUCCCACUGGCAGCACCUUGGACGACCUUCGCCUCACUUCAUUGGGUGAACUGUGCCAGGUAAUGGCCCGUUGGUUGGUUACCUUCGCGCCUGACGGUUAUGUACCGGAUGUCUUGACUAAGAUGAUGACAAGAGACUUGCGGCAAGUCGUGUGCUUGCUUACCACGGUGCAGGCAACAUCAGUCAACGAAGCGAGGGACACGUAUGAGCAGCGUCUAAAAACGUGGAUUGGACGAGUGGUCUUUAGAGAAGCUAAGGCCCGGCACGACGACUACUUCGCCACAUAUCGCAGGCUCCGAGACCGCGUCAUCUCCGCUUAUUUCUCAGGACUAGUGUCAUGGGAAGUGCCUGCAUUUGGGGAAGCUACCUUCCCCGUGGGCAGGGAUGGCAUCUUUGAAGAUGGCAUCUUUGAAGUUGACCGAGCUGAACAACAGUGUUCGCUGGUGGAGGAACAGCUCGUGCGCCGUUUGACGCAACAUCUCAUCAACGUGCAUGCUAUGAAUAGCAAGCAAGAACCAGAGGUCGUCCUUUAUUCUUUCCGGCAACCGGACUUCAAAUUCUCAGCUUCCGAAGCUGCAUUCCACCAGCUGUACCAAGUCGCAUUAGAGGAAACUGUGGACCCAGUGGCACUGCAAGAAGCGCAUGAAUACGCCUGGAAGGUCGCCUGUGCCGCAAUCGCCCUCAUAUACGACGUGUCUGCGGUCAUCAAUACACCCCAACUUCCUCCGGAGGUGGAACCUGAGAAGUUACCCUUCUAUCUCGACGCAUUGAUCCCGUGGGUGAGCCCUGUGGAACGCCCGGCCAUACAGUCCGCUGUUCACAAUUUAAUCCAGCAAUGGUUCACAUUCUUUGUUGCAAGAACUUCUUUAACCUUUUAG